GCAGAUGUUCGCUGCCGAAAACCGUGGUUUGAGGGACUAUUUUCUGCCGCAAGCAUGGCCACAGUUGAAUGCUCGUUAUACCAACUUGGAGUUCUGGAAAUUCGAGUACGAAAAGCACGGUAUGUGCUCGGAGAACUAUCUGAAUCAGAUGGAUUAUUUCAGGAAAGCUUACUGGGCGUGGGCUCGAUUCAAUGCUUAUGUUCUGUUUGCGGCAUCGCCUAAGCAAAUCUACCCUGGCAAUUACUAUUACACAAGAGAUAUUGAAGCAGCCAUUCAGAGAGUGACCAGUGAGAAGCCUCUGCUUAUGUGCAAGAAGGUAAGAGUAGGUACGGUUGAUAGUUGUCUAUUGCAGGAGGUCAUCAUCUGUCUUGAUCGUUGGGCAGACAACGUUGUACCUUGUCGCCUUCGACUGUCAUCGUGCAACGUCCCAAUUAUAUAUUAUGGUUACUGAUUUAUGUACAACUUAAGGGUGUGAUAUUAGCUACUGCAUGUAAUAAAGGUAGAAAUGGCGAUGAUGUUUAAAAUCCAUUUCUUUGAUGUAUA